UAGUGAUAACCAAGAAACGUUACAGAUUGACCUGCUGCAGGCCAGUACAACGUUACUGUGUUAAAGGUUGUGGUCAAGCCUUUCCUACAUGUUGACUCAGCAGAAUAGAAUCAUGAACAACACCGUCUCUCAAACGGAUGAUUUUUUUUGCCAUUAACGGAGAGCUGUCAAUCAAACUCAAAGCUACCAUGUCAUUUAACGGCUCAGGAUGAUUCUAUGAUUUGAUCUCUCAUGGAGCCAGUGUUGUUACAUAGCCUACAAUGCGCUGUCCUUUAGUUCACAGGUAGUUACGCCGUUGUAAUGGGAUAAUACAAGUCAUUUACUUUGUCUUGUCUUGUUUUAGCUUUUUGACAGCAUUUCAUCAUAGCUGUUAUUGCCGACAACACCAAAGCAGGCAAAGUCGCUUGACCAAGGCAAACAGAGCAACCUAGUAAUUUGUGGAAGUCCAAAAUCAAUUUAUCAAUUUCGUAUGAUAUGUUACAAAUUGCAAUUCGUACAAUAUGUUACGAGUUUAAUUUGCAAACGUAUGAUACGUUAUUAAUUCCAAUUUGUGGUGGCUAACGUUUGCUUGUUGCCUAGGUGGCACCGAGUACCUACUUCCGUUUUACAGUUAGCUAGGCUAGGGGUUUAGGGCAGAGCUGCCAACUCUCACGAAUUUGGGAAUGUCCCGUGAGCAGAAGGCGGUGGAGCGCGCGAGGAAAGCGUUCCUCACUGGGAGGUCGAAGCCCUUAGAACACCGGAUCCGCCAGCUGAAGAACCUCCAGAGAUUCCUCUUGGAGAGAGAGAAGGAGAUAGCUGAGGCGAUCAAGAAAGAUCUGAACAAGAGUGAGGCAGGCACCCAGCUGUAUGAGACACUGGGCCUGGAAGGGGAGAUUGUCCUUGCAGUGAAGAAGCUGGCAGAGUGGGUUGCCCCCCGGCCUGUUGAGAAGAACCUCCUGACCAUCUCAGACACUGUUUACAUCCAGCCUGAACCGCUGGGAGUGGUGCUCAUCAUAGGAGCAUGGAACUACCCCUGGGCCGUCACCAUACAGCCACUUAUAGGGGCUAUCGCUGCAGGCAACGCUGCUGUGGUGAAGCCGUCUGAGGUGUGUGUCCACACGGCCAAGGUUAUGGAGGACCUGCUGCCCGCCUACAUAGACAAGGAGUUGUACCCAGUGGUGACAGGGGGUGUAUCAGAGACCCAGGAGUUGCUGCGUCAGCGGUUCGACCAUGUGUUCUACACAGGGAACAGCAUGGUGGGGAAACUGGUGAUGGAGGCAGCAGCCAAACACCUCACCCCCAUUACCUUGGAGCUGGGGGGCAAGAGCCCCUGUUACAUCGACAAGAACUGUGACAUCCCCAUCGCCUGCCGUCGUGUGACAUGGGGGAAGUAUUCGAACUGUGGGCAGACGUGUAUCGCUCCAGACUACAUCCUGUGUGAGCCCAGCAUCCAGGACCGUGUGCUGAAGGAGAUCAAGAAGUCCAUCAAAGCCUUCUACACAGAGGACCCCAAGACCUGCCCCGACUACGGACGCAUCAUCAACCAGCGCCACUUCAAACGCAUCAUGGCCAUGACAGAGGACAGCACCAUCGCUAUAGGAGGGGAUAGUGAUGAGUCAACAUGCUACAUAGCUCCUACAGUACUGAAGGACGUGCAGGUGAACUCCAAGGUGAUGCAGGAGGAGAUUUUUGGUCCCCUGCUCCCCAUCCUGACGGUCAGUGGAGUGGACGAGGCCAUCAACUUCAUCAACAAGGGAGAGAAACCCCUCGCCCUCUAUAUCUUCUCACCUGAUGACAAGGUGAUAAAGAAAGUGAUAGCAGAGACCUCCAGUGGAGGAGUGUUGGCUAAUGACUGUCUUGUGCACUACUCUGUCAGUGCACUGCCCUUUGGUGGAGUGGGUAACAGUGGAAUGGGCAGCUACCACGGAAAGUUCAGCUUUGACAACCUGAGCCACCUGAGGGGCUGUCUUAUCAAGCAGCUGAAGAUGGAGGGGGUUAACGACAUGCGCUACCCUCCCCAUACUGCCAAGAAACUGUUCUGGGCACGCUUCUUCAUCCUCAAAAAUCCAGACCUGGGGUGGUUAGGACGCAUGACGCUGCUCGCUAUCAUCGCUGUGGUGGCUGCUGUGGUGCUACAGAGAUAUCUUCAGUGAGAUCAAACAAGUCUACCCGUACUUCUGGCCUGAUGUUACUCUGGUGACCCGCUGGACCCUGGAACAGAGUUGGGUCUAAAAGUGCUAAAUGAACUUUGACGCGGUUAAGAUUCUUUCUGCUUCAAGAUAAUAAUCAUCCGUAACCAUAGUAAUGUCAGGUUCAACCUUUAACCCCUCCCCAAUAACCCCUAUCAGAAUUAUUAUGCAAUUCUGCAUGAAGCCGUUUCAGAAGGAUUAGCUUGCUAAUGCUUACUAACAUUAGCUAGCCGCAACAGAUUUUAUGAAUGUGAUUUUUUAUCUGAUUUAUGGCACUUUAAUCAGUGUAAUAUUAUGUGAAUUUGUUAGUUAAACCUGCCCGCUCUUUAUUUUAAGCCUUAAAACGUUGAAAUGUUUGCUGCUUAUUAACAUUUUGGAAAAUGUAUCAAAAUAAACAAUGUAUACCUCUUAUAAAAGGUUAUAACUGAUCAUAUCGCUGCGCUAUGAAGAAGCAUAGCUGACCUAUAUGCAAGGUUCUCUAAGGAUUGCAUAAAUUCCUUUCAUAUGAAUGAAUAAUCAUGAAGUAUUGUGUGUUAAUAUUGUACUACUAUUACACAUGCUUGUAUGUUUCAGUCAGCCUCAGAGAAGCACAACUCUAGUUCUGUUAUCAUUUCAGUUUUUAAUUUCAACCGUUAGAAAGAGAUUGAAAUGGAGAUGUAUUUUAUUUGAAGUAGAACUUUAACAUUCCCUGUCAGUGAUUUACCAUGCUUUUCCAGGGCAAUUGUUCUGAUUGUUGCAUUGUAUUUUUUAUGUUUCACAUUCACACUAUGUGCCUGAAACAAAACCAAAUAACCAAUCAAGUACCUUUCGAGCAUUACACCUUCCAUUUCACCACAGAGUUCUUAAAAUAUUUGCCUGAAGAACUUGUAUUCAAUAGCUCAGGGUGUAUGACAACUACUAUGCCUGAGCAACAAUGAAGGAGUAACAGCGUAUAAUUUCAAUGUUUUGGUAUUGCCGUCAGAGCAUUCCCAUGGCAUUGAUUGUAAUUAAUUUGUAAUAAAUCCGUUUUUAUGUCCUUCA